AUGGCAGAACACAACACAUCCGAUACCAUCGAGUUCACGGGCUCUCAACCCCUGACCUCUGUUGCGCCCGACCUUGUUAAGCGCAACGACAAAGAAACAUCCCACAUUGAGAGGGUGCUGUCUCCAGACGCCGACGAUGCAAUUGAAAAGAAUAACAUCGAUCUGUCGCGCGUUGACAAGGAGGUCCAGCAAUAUGCCGCCGCCGGCCACAUCGAAGUCGACUCCGAGACCAGCAAAAAGCUUCUGAGAAAGAUUGAUCGCCGUGUUUUGUCGUUUAUGAUCAUGACGUAUUUCCUCCAGGCUAUUGACAAGGGAACUUUGGCAUUUACAUCCAUCAUGUACUUGCCAGAGGAUACGGGUCUGGUUGGUCAACAGUACUCAUGGCUUACCACUUGCAUCUACAUCGCCGUCUUGAUUGUUGAAUACCCAACAAACUGGGUUAUCCAGAGAGUGCCGAUUGCAAAAUACCUUGGCUUCAACGUCAUUUGCUGGGGAAUUGUGCUUGCAUGUCAUGCGGCUUGCCACAACUUUGUCGGACUGGUUACCGUUCGAACUCUGCUUGGUAUUUUUGAGGCCUGCUGUCAGCCGUCUUUUGUCAUUUUGUCGGGUAUGUGGUACAAACGUGAAGAGCAGGCCGCGAGAGUGUCGUACUGGUACAUGAUGAACGGUGCGCAGCAGGUUGUAGGAGGUCUUCUUGCAUACUGCUUUAGCCUUAUUGGGAGAGACAAGUCUCUCAAAUCGUGGCAAGCCAUUUUCCUGGCCUACGGCUGCAUAUCAGUUCUCUACGGCAUCGUCCUCAUAAUUGUAAUGCCCGACUCGCCAAUGCGCGCCAAGUGCUUCACAGAGGAAGAGAAACACCUCAUGGUCGAGCGCGUCCGAAGCAAUCAAACUGGUCUACAGAAUAAGCAAUUCCGCGCUUAUCAACUCAAGGAGGCGCUUCUCGACCCGCAAACUUGGUGUUAUUGCGCUAUUCAGGUAUUCACUACCUUGCCAACUAGCGGUUUGGGCGCAUUCGCAAACCUCAUUAUCACGUCGUUAAAUUUCACCGUUUUGCAAACUCAGCUGCUUGCCAUGGUGCUCGGGUUUUAUAUUAUCAUUGUGCUUCUAACCUCAACCUGGAUCGUCAACCGAACUGGACAAAACCUUCUCGUCAUGGCCAUAUAUUUGAUCCCAUCCUUUGCCGGCACCAUUGUUCUUAUGACCGUCGUCAAUCGCAACAAAUCCACCCAAGUCGGUAUGCUGAUCAGCUACUAUCUUACCGUUUCAUUCUGGUCCGCCCAGACCCUAACCCUGAGCAUGGUCUCGCGCAAUAUCGCCGGCCAAACGAAGAAGGCCACGGUGGUUGCUGCCACAUUCAUCGCCUGGGCUGCUGGCAACGCCGUGGGCCCGCAGGUGUUUUUGAAAAGAGAUGCCCCGCGAUACUUUAUCGCGUUUAGCGUACAUUUAGUGUGCUAUUCCCUCAUGCUUAUUGCUAUCUUCUUCCUCAGAUGGUGGCUUAAACGGGAGAAUGCAAAGAAGGAUGCGCUGCUGCGGACCGACAUGCCCGAGGCCUGGGAUCCGAAUAUGGUGCAUGCCUUUGAGGAUCGUACGGAUAGGGAAAAUGUCAAUUUCCGGGUAUAG